UUUUUAAUUUUGUUAUUUAUAACUGGUUUUCUGCAUUUCCAAAGUCGGUAUAAUUCUUUCUGUGGACGUCCUUCACUGUUUCGCCACCGGAGAUAGAGACAGAGAGGAUGGAGGAGGUAAAAGAGGCGUUGUUGUCGCCGACGACACCGGGAGGUGGUAGGCGGGGACGACGGCUGAGUCGGCGGUACUCGGUGAACUCACUCAGGAGCGAUUUGUUGGCUCGGUUACCCGAUAAAGUCCGUUCUGCGGUUGAUAUUGAAUCGUCUUCUCCCUUCGCUCUACCUUCCAAGUCAUCAUCUUCCCUAACUCAAGGUGAAAAAGAGUAUUAUGAAAAGCAAUUUGCAACAUUAAAGUCUUUUGAAGAAGUUGAUGCUAUAGUUUCAUCAGAAGGCAUCGAUGAGGAAGACUUAGAUGAACAACUUCAGCAAGAAAGAGCUAUGAAGAUCUCUAAUUAUGCCAAUGUUCUAUUACUAGCAUUCAAGAUAUAUGCUACAGUAGAAACCGGAUCCAUUGCCAUUGCUGCAUCCACCCUCGAUUCUUUACUUGAUCUAAUGGCUGGUGGCAUACUUUGGUUCACUCACUUGUCUAUGCAAAACCUCAACAUUUAUAAAUACCCUAUUGGGAAACUCAGAGUGCAGCCUGUUGGAAUCAUCAUCUUUGCUGCAAUAAUGGCUACACUUGGGUUUCAGGUAUUGAUUCAGGCUGUAGAACAAUUGAUUGAAAACCAACCUCCUGAAAAAAUGACAUCUGUUCAGUUGUUAUGGCUAUAUGUCAUCAUGUUGACUGCAACAAUAGUCAAACUUGUCUUAUGGUUGUAUUGCAGAAGUUCAGGAAACGAAAUUGUUCGUGCAUAUGCAAAGGAUCAUUACUUUGAUGUAGUAACAAAUGUAGUUGGAUUAGUAGCUGCUGUUCUUGGUGAUAGAUUCUAUUGGUGGAUUGAUCCUUUGGGUGCUAUUAUUCUCGCUCUUUAUACCAUCAUAAACUGGUCUGGAACUGUUCUUGAAAAUGCAGUUUCAUUGGUGGGACAAUCGGCACCUCCUGAAGUCCUGCAAAAACUAACUUAUCUUGUGACACGUCAUCCUCGAGUAAAACGAGUCGACACAGUUCGUGCAUACACAUUCGGAGUUCUAUAUUUUGUAGAGGUGGACAUUGAGCUUCCAGAAGAUUUGUCAUUGAAAGAAGCUCAUGCAAUUGGAGAGACACUACAAGUAAAGCUUGAAAAGCUUCCGGAAGUUGAACGUGCGUUUGUUCAUCUAGACUUUGAAUGUAGUCAUAAGCCAGAACACUCUGUUUUAACCAGGCUUCCUAACAGUGAUCCUUGAGUUGAACGUUUUGGUUGGAUUUGUUGAGUGUUUGUAUAUGUAUUUAUGGGUUGUUGAUUUGUAGUUAUUAUGUUUGUUGAGGUGUUGUUGAAAAAGUUGUAUCUUGAUCGGCUACAAAAAAGAAAGUGUAAAUCGCAUUUGUUGGGAUGUGUAUAUCUUCUUGGGUAUGCACGAGUAGAGACG